AUGGCUCCAUCAAUCCCCACCACCAUGAACGCCGUCGACAUCCACGGCGGCAAAGGCGGCAUCGACGCCCUGUACAUCAACGACCAAACCGCCGUGCCCAAACCCACCGCCACGCAGGCCCUCGUCAAGGUCAAAGCCUUCGGUCUUAACCGCAUGGACCUCUUGCAGCGUGAGGGCAUGUACCCGCUGCCGCCGCAGGCCCCCUCUACGCUGGGUGUCGAGUUCUCUGGAACGAUCGUUUCGUUUGGGAGUUCGGAGCACGAGCGGGGUUUCAAGGAGGGCGACGCGGUUUUCGGGCUGGCUUAUGGCGGCGCUUAUGCUGAGUACAUCGCCGUCUCCACGCACAUGCUCCUCCACAAACCCGACGAACUCAGCUUCGAAGCCGCCGCCGGCAUCCCCGAAACCUGGAUCACCGCGACGCAAGCCCUCUUCAUGAUCGGCGGCCUCUCGGACCCCAUCGGCUCCAAGACCGUCCAAGACAAGCGCGUCCUCUGGCACGCGGGCGCCAGCGGCGUCUCCCUCUCCGGCAUCCAGCUCUGCCGCGCCGAGGGCGUCAAGGAAGUCCUGGUCACCACGUCGUCGCAGGACAAAAUCGAUUUCGCGAAGUCCUACGGCGCGGAUGCCGGGUUCAGCUACAAGGACGCGAGCAAGCCCUGGGAUCAGGCCGUGCUGGAGCACACUGGCGGCGAGGGCGUGGAUCUGAUCAUCGAUUUCGUCGGCGCGCCCUACUUCGACGGGAACCUCAAUGCCGCGGCGCUGAACGGCCGCAUCGUCAGUCUCGGCACCAUGGGCGGCGCCAAGGUCGACGUUCCGGGCGGGAUCGAUAUCGGCAGGUUCCUCCGCAAGAGGUUGCGCUUCGAGGGCAGCACGCUGCGGGCCAGGGACGAGGCGUAUCAGGGCAAGUUGAGGGACAUCUUGGCCGAGCACGCGCUGCCGAAGUUCAGGGAUGGGAGCUUUAGGGUGCCGGUGGAGAAGGUGUUUGAUUGGAAGGAGGUGCAGGAGGCGCAUCGGAUGUUGGAGAGGAAUGUGAGCAUGGGGAAGAUCAUUUGUCGCGUUGAGUGA